CGACCGAAAAAAACAGGCGACAAUCUCCAAUUCGCUCCGUCGUCUCAUCGACGCCUUUUAAUAAACCGACGGGAUAUUCGAGAGGGAAUUUAUUUGGCUCGAUGAAGAGGGUACGGAUCGACCGAUGGGGCGGCCAAUUGCUGCAAGCCCAAGCCCGCGGUAUCGGUAGCGGUAUCCCCAGACAGGCAUUUCUACAAACGACUCGACGUCAAGCUUCUACAGCUGCCGCUUCUCAAAUCAACGAAGAUACACCUACAUUCACCAGUCUACCAUCACCCGCCCCCGAACGUGCUGCUGAGUCGGCUAAGCUUGCGGCUCUCCACUCCCGGUUAUCCCUCUCCAACAAGAUCCCUCUGGAAACUCUCGCCCGAGCCCUCAUCGUUCCCUCAGCCGACAAGAACCCCAGCUUUAACAACGCCAACCUCGCUUUCCUCGGCAGCACAUUCAUCAAUUACCACGUCCUCGAGUUCCUCAUCUGCAAAUGGCCUCGUCUACCAAUGGCCGUUCUCUACGAGGCCCUCCGCGCCUAUUCUGGAAAGGAAUCUCUGCAUCAAGUAGCCCGCAGGUGGGGUGUUGAAGCCGCUGCUGCUCCCGGCGAGGAGGUCGACCCUGGUCUGCUACAAUGGGCACCCCGAGAUGCGGAUAUGCAGUCUCGCUGGGGCUCUGUCCGUCAAGAGUCCGCAUUUACCGACCGAUUUAAACCCCGACGUGGAAUCAGCAGCCGUGUCGUCUACGACAAUGCUUUUGGUGACCCCGUGAAAGUUGAGAAGAUGGGCAGCGAGGAGUCCUAUAAGUACUACCAACACGAGGCGUACUCUUCAUUUGUCCAAGCCGUUGUUGGCGCUGUUUACACUCACGCUGGCCAAGAUGCCGCUCGCGAUUUUGUCAAGGCUCACGUGCUCGCUCGACAAGUGGACGUUUCUACCAUGUUCGAAUUCAAGUUACCUACACGAGAGCUCUCCAUGUUGUGCGCUCGCGAAGGGUUCGAGGCACCUAUUGCCCGUCUAGAAAGCGAGACAGGUCGACAUUCACGAACUCCUGUAUUCAUUGUUGGUAUUUACAGUGGCUCUGAGAAGCUUGGUGAAGGUGGCGGCCCCAGCCUGAACAUUGCCAGGUGGAAGGCAUCAAUGAACGCCCUCAAAGCGUGGUACCUCUACAGUCCCGGCAACAAGGUCCGGGUACCAAGUGAUAUGUACGAGCCGGAUGCCAAGCCUUGGAAGGCUCCUCAUAUCGAUAUUGGUGAGGUCGUCUAAAGAAAUGUCGUGGUGUUGGAUAAAUGUACUCAGAGGGCGGCGUAUCAGGCGUCGGCUCUUCAUGUGGAUAAUGAGCAAUUUUUUGCCCCGGUUGGGCUGUGUAUAAAAAUUACAUGGGAGCAUAGGAUCCUAGAGGAUCGGGAUGGGAAACGUCACUGUAAGAUACAAUGUAACACAAUGACAAAACUCAACAAAAGAAGAGUCAGAA